AUGAAUAGUUCGUAUCAUAAAACUUCUACAGAAAACGGAUAUAAAUACUCUGAUGCAAGGCGGCAAACGAGGUAUGCAAGCGAUAACUACGACUCCCAUAGGCAAUCCGGUUCAAGAGCCAGCGAGCGUGAAAAAGAUAUAUCCAAUGCCUCAAGGGACUCGGCGUAUAGCAACAAAUUGUUAAUCAACAGAGACGAGAUUGUCCUUGGCUAUCCAGAAAAGGUGAUACCAGCAAAAGAGCCUGUCAUUUCUCUUGACAUUGAAGACGAUGAAGAACGAAUAAUGCAAGCAGACUGGGGCAAUGAAUCAGACGAUGAAGAGGACCAUGUUACCACGCAGAAACAGCACAAGAGAUUGUCAACAGUGGAACGAGAGGAGAUUGAGAAGGUAGACAGGGAAUUGAAGGAGGUAUGGGUCAGGCACGCGGCAGACGACGGACGGCCGUAUUUCUACAAUUCUGUCACUCGUGAAAGUGUAUGGGAGAUACCCAAGAGUGCGGCUGCAACGCCUGUAGCAACCUGUGCGUCAACUGCCAGCACCCGCACAGCCUCUUCAACUACAAACACCCAUACUACUGUGAAUCAUGCUAAAACGGAUCAUGCUAGUAACCCUACUAUCACUCAUCCUACUCGCACUGGAUCUGAUCGUAGUAGUCGGCCCGACAAGAUACCUAGCGAUGCUUUACCAAAGCAAUCCCAGCCCAGAUCCAAGUCAGCGCCUACUGCCAGUACAUCCAGCAACGAUGCAGAAAAAGCAACUGCCGUGAAUAGACAUCUUCAUCAUGCGAAAGAGAAAGACGACACUAAAGCUCAAGUGCCAACAAAAAAUGAUGUAUCCAUAUCCACUAAUACAAAUACAGAAAAUGGCCAAAAAUCCAAAUGUGCAACUAAAUCCACAAAAAUGACAUUGCAAUCCACCGAGCGUCGAAUGAGCUAUAGUAACCGGGAGGUGUCUCAAGAAAAAAGAUCCAAGUUAGAGAUAUUACACAGCAGCCAUCGUUCGGGAUACAUAAGCAGACGCUCUCGCUCACGCUCACCAUUGCCACCACCGCCUCCCCGUGAUCUCUACUAUGAUGAUUAUCGAUACCAUCAUCGCUCACCUUCACCUCCGCCUUACCGCCGCUAUCCUCCAUAUGAACGCUAUGCUGGCUACUACCCAUACAGUGACCGCAUCCGACACUCACCACCUCCUCCACCGCCCGAGCUCAGAUAUCGCCACUACAACGUUUCGCCUCCACCACCACUCUCACCACCGUCAUACUAUCGAUCCCGAGAGAGAAAUUGGGAACGGUAUGAAGCAGCACACAGAUCGAGAUACUACCGAUAG